AUGGCGUCACCAUCUGAGGAGAAAAGAAGGACCCAUGUCAUCACUAUAGAUCCAGAAGAAACGGUCUUGACUGCCUUUCCCUACAGACCUCAUAACUCUCUGCUGGAUUUCCUGAAGGGGGAGCCAAAAGUUUUGGGGGCUAUCCAGAUUCUGCUUUCUCUGAUCAUUGUGGGCCUUGGGAUUAUAUUAGCAUUUAAUUUCAUCUUUUUCUCCAAAAAAUUUCCUCUCGUGAUCCUCACAGGAUAUCCAUUCUGGGGAGCAUUUAUUUUUUUCCUGACAGGAUUCAUCUCAGUGUUCGAUGAUAAAUCAAGACAAAUUCUGGGACAAGGAAUCAUGACCAUGAAUAUCUUCAGCUCACUGGUUGCGUUAGCUGGGAUGGCCUUGAUCUUCAUCAGCUUCACACAGCAGCACAAAUUCUGUCAGAUGCCCUCCCUUGAAGGAACAUGUGUUGUAGGCAGAACACUUCUCCUUGGAAUUCUGUCAGUCUUAUUAAUCAUCACCAUAGCAGAGUUCAGCAUCUCUGUGACUAUUGCAUCCUUAAGAAGCAGGUGCUGGACCAGUUCAAGAGAGGCUGUAUUCUUUUUUCCUUCAGAAGUUCCUCAAAAUACUGAACAGCCUGUGCCAGAAGAAAAUAAUCAAUUACAAUUUGAGUUUCAAGGAAAAUCUCCCAGUGGUAAUACAGCUUCAAACAUAAAAACCAUUUUCUUAGGGGGUUAUGCUUUCUUCAAGUUAAGAGUCUCAAGAAAUCCUUCGGCUCCCACAGCUCCCAAAAAUAUCCCACAGAAAAGUGAUAAGGGUACAUCUUCUAUGCGUGUUCCAGAUGAACAGGAGACUAUUCAUCAAUUCCCACAAGAGGAAAAAACUAAACUGGAUGCUCUACCUCCCCCAUUAACACCAAAGUCUUCAGAAAAUAUGCCUUCUCCGAAAGAGUCUAGAAGCAAUAACCUGAAAGAUGAGGACCUAGGAGCUAUUACACGUCAAACCUCUGAUCUGCAACCCAAAUUGCUUGACAACCAAAAUGUGUCACUUGCAUCUCUUAAAACUCCAUCCUCACAUGAUUUCCUCCCUUUGUUACCUGGCACUUUAUCAUCCCAAACAUUAAUGGCAGGUCUGUCAACACAAGUUUUACGAUCUAAACCCCCAUCAUCCCAUUUUUCUUAUGAUCUGACAUCUGAAGACUUGCCUUUGGAAGACAUGCCAUCUCAAGAAACUCCAUCCCAAGACACUCCAUCCCAAGACAUGCAAUUCCAAGAUACACUAACUCAAGACCUACUAUUCCAAGAGACCCUAUCCCUAGGGACUCCAUACCAAGAGCUGUCAUUCCAAGAUAUACUAACUAAAGACAUGUCAUUCCAAGAUACUCCAUCCCAAAAGACUCCAUCCCAAGGAACCCCAUACCAAGAUAUCCUAUCCCAAAAGACUCCAUCUGAAGCAUACCAAGAUAUCCUAUCCCAAAAGACUCCAUCCCAAGGAACCCCAUACCAAGACAUCCUAUCCCAAAAGACUCCAUCUGAAGCAUACCAAGAUAUCCCAUCCCAAAAGACUCCUUCCCAAGGAACCCCAUACCAAGAUAUCCUAUCCCAAAAGACUCCAUCUGAAGCAUACCAAGAUAUCCCAUCCCAAAAGACUCCAUCCCAAGGAACCUCAUACCAAGAUAUUCUAUCCCAAAAGACUCCAUCCGAAGCAUACCAAGAUAUCCCAUCCCAAAAGACUCCAUCCCAAGGAACCCCAUACCAAGAUAUCCUAUCCCAAAAGACUCCAUCCGAAGCAUACCAAGAUAUCCCAUCCCAAGGAACCCCAUACCAAGAUAUCCUAUCCCAAAAGACUCCAUCCGAAGCAUACCAAGAUACUCUAUCCCAAAAGACCUCAUCUCAAGAAACUCCAUACCAAGAUACACUAACUCUAGACAUACCAUCCCAAGACACACAAGAGAUUCCCUCCCAGGAUACUGCAUCCCAGGAUAUGAAAUACCAAGAUGUACUAUCUCAAGACAAACUAUCCCAGAGCACACAAACCCAAGAUUCAGCACCCCAUGACAUGUCAUUCUCAGAUCUUCAAGUACCAAACACUCAAGUUCAAAGCCAGCAACAUCCAGAAAUAAUUUAUAGGGACAUUCGAACAGAAGUCAUGGAGUUGACUCAAGAAUGGAAGUCUGAUAAAGGCAAGAAAACCCCAAGAAGACUUUCUUUAUCCUUGAAAGGCACACAUGAAAAAGUCUAUCCCAAGAGACAUUCCCUGGACCUGCAAAUCAAAGGUGACAAACCCCCAAGGAGACAUUCUGUAGACUUACAAAGGAAAACUUCAAGACGGAAAUCCAUAGAUCAGCAAAUCAAAGCCUGGCUAUCCCCAAAGAAGCACACCACAGAGAAACAAGAUGCAAGUACUCAAACCUCAGAGCAAUUCUUACAGCAAGCUGGUCAGCAGCAGGCAGAUGAGGAGGAGGUCCCAGUACAAGAAUCCCAAGAUAAGCAAAGCAAAGACCAAAAAUCUGUAGAGGAACUAAACCCAGAAGAACAGCUUAAUAACAAAGAGGAAGAAGAUCAGCAGUCUAAUAAAGAGCAACCUCCAGAAGAACAAGCUCAAGUUCAACAAGCUGAAGGCCAGCAGCCCCAAGAGCAGAAAGCCCUAAAGAGCCAGUCCUCAAACUGGCAACAAAGACAACAAGUGCUAGUAAAGAGAGUCCCAUUGCAGUCGUGUGAGGACUGGGACUCCCAAAGCUUUCAGUUCACAGAAAAGUCAUGUUCAUACUGGUCAUCUUCAUCCUGGCAGCCUGCUAGCCUGGGAUCCCAAGACUGGAGAAGUCAAGGCUGGAGAAACAAAGAUUGGAAAGCACAAGAAUGGCAGUUCAAAAUACAUCCUUCCCUAGACUGGGAAUCCCAAGAGCUAUUAGACAGAGAAUCCUUAAGGCAAAGGGCACUAUACCAAGAAAUCCAACCCCGCAGCACCAUAGUCCGAUACACCCAAGAUCACCAAUUGCAUAACUUUAUAUUUCAAGUAGGUCUGUGUCAAGGUAACGACCAACAAGACUCUGAAUCUAGUGUUGUAAGAGGAGAUACGUAUGCAGAUGAUAUACAAACAAGAGACAGAGAACCUGGAGACACAGAAGAUACAUGCCAGAAACCAAAAGAUGAGCAGUCAGAAGACAUGAGGCCAGAUAAUUAUCCUGCUUCUUGUCAGAGCUUGGUUCCAUACACAUAUGUAACCUGUUUAUCCAAUAUAGCUUCAGAGCAAGAGGUGCAGAACAGUACACCACCCGGUUCAAAUUCAUCCAAAGAUCUGAAUGCUACUUCUUCCUCGUGUUGUCAGAGAGAUCAACCUCAAUCUGAGGAUUCAGACUAA